AUUGGUUCGAUAACGCUUAUUUUGAUUUAACUGUCGUAUAAAAGAUAAGUUGCGAGUUGCGACACCGCCUUGCGACUAAAUAUAGUACCAACUUAACGCAACGAGUUAACGAACUCAUUCUGUUAUUGUUCCGUGAUCGAUGAUCAUUCGUUGAAGUUCGUUGAAUGUUGAACUGUGCUUGUGAUAAUAUUUGUUCUUCUGGAGGCCUAUUCUGUAACUUUUAACAAAUGCGUUAUAACUGUAACGCAUGCGUUAGUCGUCGUAUCGUCGACGAAUUCAUGGUUAACAAAUGAAUUAUAGUUAUAACGCAUGCGUUAAAAGUUACAGAAUAAGUCUGCUGGAUCGAUUGCUAUUCUAAUAAAGAAGUCAUCACCAACAAAAAUGAGUGAAAGUCCACCGUUUAUUAUCAAAAUUUAUUACAUAACAUUAUUGUGAAUGCAGUAUAAGCAAUAUAUUUUAGUACUGAUGUUGUUCUUGUAUUAUUUUUACAUCUAUCAUAGGAAAGUAGGAAUCGUCGUAGAAAUACGAACAAGCAAAUAAUUAAUGAAUUAGUUAGGCAAUGUAGGAAUCAAAGAAAAUUGGACGAUUUAAGAAAUCGAAUUACUACUGUCUACAAGACAGAGGCUUCAUCCGAUGAAGAGGUUUCAUCCGAUGAAGAGGUUUCAUCCAAUGAAAAGGUUUCAUCCGAUGAAGAGAAUAAUGAAAUGCUGCCCAUUCCAGGGAUUGAAGAUAUUUCUUUAUUAGAAACAAAUUCUGAAGUAUCAACAGAAUCUGAUGCAUCUAUCGAUCAACUUGAAAAUGAAAAUAUGGAUGAUAACAAUAAUUAUAAUAAUGACAAUGACAGUGAAUUACAUUUUGAAGAUGAGAAUAAUGACAGCGAAGGAAGUGUUGAAAUUAAUGAUGCUAACAGAUAUAGUAACGAUGAAGAAAAUGAUGAUUUAAUGAUUGAAUUUGAAAAUGACGAACAGAGAGGACGCUAUGUUUUAAAAACAUUGAGGGAGUGGGCCCUUGAAGGAGGUGUGUUAUCUAUGAAGAAGUUAAAUGAUUUACUUCGUAGAUUGAGAGUAUUGUUUCCCAUCUUACCUAAAAGCUACAAAACCGUUAGGUGAUAAUGAAAAAAUUGUAGCAUCAAGACUUAUGACCAAAUUGAUGACUAAUUCCUUAGCGAAACAAUUCAACUUUGAUGGUCAUAAUCCUCAAAAGGCUAAAGUUAAUAAAAGGCCAUUUAAGAAACUGAAACUAUGGGAAUUAUUUCAAGGAGUUAUGCUAUUAAAAUUUCCUACCAGUGAUUUGGAAGAUGCCUUAAAUGCAGUCAGAAAUUGGCUACGAAACGCUGCUGGGCGCAACGUUUCCAAGUUCAAUUGGCUUAACAAUGGAGAAGACUACAUUCGUUUACGCAGUAGUCCGCAGUACUGCGAGCAAGGCAUCCUAAGCAGGACCUCCGAGAUGGCUGCGCAGAUAGGCAGCAGCUCUGCUUAAACGAACAACAAACUGCGCUGCAGUCGGUUGCGCAGGAGGAGACGAGAAAGAGUGGGAGAACAAAUCGCAGACGGGCGGGACGAUCGAGAGCAAUCGCGGGCGGAGAAUGUAAGAAGUGCGCUAAGCACAGUAUACACCUGAGCUCGCCUUUUAAAGGUGUUGCAGAAGCGUGGUGGAAAACCGUACGAUGAAUGCGCCUUUCGCUCAUGAGUUGGAGCAGCAACCGUUCCAGUGAUUCCAACGGUGUGAGCGGAGACAGGAGCGGAGACGAGAGCUGAGAAGAUCCAAGACUUUGUGACGAUUUUGCAUCUCUGAGAUUUGACUCAUCUGAUCGAAUCAGCUCGUCUGAGAGGAGAACGCGCGAUGCGCGACGCUGCUGGUCCGCGCGAACGACGCUGGAAUCGUCGUCGCGAGUCGCGAGUGCUCUUCGAACAAGUGUGUACAUACGAGCAAUUUUGAGAAGGAAAAGAGAGAAUAAGCAUGAGAUAUGAACCAGAGGCUGUGAAUAAUACUCUCGUGUAAAACCGAGCGAUCAUCGAUAUGUCAUCGCGAGGAUCCAGAUUCGACCAGCGUGUUUCCACGAGAAGAGGAAUCAUCCGCGGAUAAGGAUCGAUAGAAUAAGGAAGAUAAUCUCUCUCCAAAAAGCGAAUGACAAGGUACAGCAACCGGUCUCUUCUCGAAGAGCUGGUACAAAUACAUCGGAAUGGAAUCUUGGUAUUCGCGCUUGAUCAACGAUCAGUGAUCAGCGAUCAGCGAUCUGAUGUUACACAAAACUAUACGCACGAAGAGCUUGGCGCGAUAUUUUUUCAUUAAUGGUUUUUUUCUCGGGGAUCUCUCAGCAUUAAGGAAAGAAAUAUUGCGCGCACAGGUUGCAUUGGAUUUGUGGCGCCUGCGCGCUUCGUUAUGUGUAGAGAAUAUAAGUUUAUAUUUAAAAGCGACAUGAGAUUAUAACGCGCAAAGAGCAGGAAUUUAAUAACCGAUUGAUGCAGCAUAAAUGACGCGUAUGAAUCAAUCUUUUUUAAAAUGCAAUAUACAUAUUAGAGAAAAUACUUUUUAUCAUAUAUUGCAUGCUCACAAUGAGCUCUAAACGCGAAUGUUGACUGAUCAAUCAUAUAUUUAUCUUUAAUAUUCUUAUACGAGUGCAUUGACAUAGACAUCAAAAUGCAUAAUUCUAGAUAUGCUGGUUAUCACAUUAACACAAAUCGUGAUUAUAUUACAGAUGGUGAAGAGAGUCAUAGAGCUCCUUCAGAUCGCACCGUGUCUGAGUAUAUCGUUGCCAACGAACAUACUACCAUAGUAAAACCAAUAAAAAAAAAUCACGCAGACAAAUAUGAUAGAGAAGACAGAAGAUCCAGAAGCGCGCACAAUACUCGCGAUUCAGUAUUGUCUGGAUCUUCGAAACAUAGUUUACAUCAGCUUAGCAAAAGUGCCUCACACGGCAGCAUUUGUGACAAUGGUUCAGAUAUAUAUGUCACCAGUGCUGCAUAUAGAGCCACUUCCGACAUAAGUCGGAUAUCACGCCAUAGUUUAGCACCAAGCUCCAGAUUGGAUCACAGAGCGCCUAGUCACUACAGCUAUGGUUCCGGCAGAUCAGGCACUUCGACAGUGAAAACUCGUACAUCACGGAAAGGUGGUAUAGUUGUGGAAACUAUGUCGACACCCAAUCCUUUCUGCCCAAACACCAAAGGUGUUUGUUGCCUUAUGUUACUUCUUAAUCUCGGCUUGAUCCUGGUUACUCUGGGCUUUGUCAUUGUCAUACAAUUCUUCCAACCAUUAGUUGUUUGGAUCUUAGGAAUAGUAUUUCUGGUGUUUGGAUUUUUAACACUGAUUGGCAGUCUUGUGUAUUGUGUACAUGUAUUCAAAAAUGCUAAACACCCACAUGAUAUCAAUCCUGAAGAUCUAUAUUGGACCCAUUACUGGCAAGGUCGUGUUGGUUCUACAGCACCAGAAGUUUAUUAUAAAGCAGAAGACAAAUAUCAGGAUGAUGGCUAUAGUGACCGAUAUAGCAAAUAUUCAGGAAAGUAUUAUGGCAGACAAAAUCAAAGAUAUUGAUUAUAAAAUAUAAAGAAUGCUAUUAACUGAAGUAAAAUUCACUCACUCUGCCUCUUUUUUAAUUCUAUAAAGUAUUUUGGAUACCAAUGAUAAAUAAAAAAACUAAUCUCGGUGCAAUAAAAUAUUACUUAUAAUUUUGUAUAUAUAGACAUUGUA